AUGGCCUCGUACGUCGCAAGCGAGGCGCUCGCCCAGCAGCAAUCUGCUGAUACUGCAAAAGUUCCCCAGGGCCGCUGGGCGGACAAGUACCGCGGGGCCACCGUCGAAGACCUAGACCCUCCGCCAGCCCUCUCCGUCUCUCCUAAAGACUCCAUCUCCUCCGCCCUUCUGGCCGCCUACGAACGCGACUACACCCACUUGACCGUUAUCUCCUCGACACGCUCCCUCAUCGGAUACCUCAGCAUUCCGCAUCUCAAGAAACUACUCCAAGAUGGCACCGUGAAGGAAUCAGAAACCGUCUCGUCGGCCAUGCAGCGAUUCAACCGCAAACGGGGAAUAUACCGAGUCAUCACUAUGGAGACACCAUUGGAGGAACUGGAAGAGUUCUUUGAGACUGAGAUUGGGGGGAAUGGAGAAAAGCGAGAGAAGCAGGGGUUUGCGGUUGUUACGGAUGCUUCUAGAAAGUUUGUGUUGGGUGUUGCGACCAAGGCAGACUUGGAGGAGUUUGUGAAGAGGAGGCCGACAUAA